GCUGAAGCUAUCCACGGUUCAGAUCAACAAUGGGGAUGUUGGCCCAGCAACGCGGGUGGGCAGGUUACGAAGGACAAGCCAGGUGGAUCGAUACCAUCACUGCCGCCCUGGCUAAGGCACGGAGAAAUCGUGAUUAGGCUGCGAUCCGAGUCGCUAGCCUGUCUGCAAGGAGCUCGCUCUGGCCCUUGAGGUGGUCUCGACUUUUGCAUCCUGUCGUUCAUGGGAUGAAAACCCGGCCUUCCGGUGCCUGCGAGGGUGAGACAUUAUCAUCUUGAGGCUCCCUUCCAUCGCAAUAGCCUUGAAGAUAGCCAAAGCAAUAAUCGUUUCAUUUAUCAAUUAUUCGGAGCACAGGGAUUGUCGUCGUCAACCCGUCCCAGACUUUGGGUAGCAACGGAAAAAAACCUGACGCUGAACAGUGUAGAUCGUGAUGGUAGCCUCAGGAUUCAGGCCAAUAAUGACAUCAGAUAAACAAAUUCCCGAACCUCGAUCACAUGAUAUUACAAUCCUCAAAUCACAUGAUACGCCCAUCUCAAGGUCCUUCUCACUAAGCCUAUUCCAGAAUUUAUCAACACGUGAUCACACAACCGAUUUUAACGAGCCCACUCCUCCGCUCUACAAGAUCUUUUCGCAAGUUCGCACGAAGGUUGAGGAAGACAAGUUGUGUCGAGGUGAGCCUUCCACCAUGCAGAUCUUCGUCAAGACCCUCACGGGUAAGACUAUCACCCUUGAGGUGGAGUCUUCCGACACCAUCGAUAAUGUCAAGUCCAAGAUCCAGGACAAGGAGGGUAUUCCCCCCGACCAGCAGCGUCUGAUCUUCGCGGGUAAGCAGCUCGAGGACGGUCGCACCCUUUCGGACUACAACAUCCAGAAGGAGAGCACCCUCCACCUCGUCCUGCGUCUGCGUGGUGGUGGUAAGAAGCGCAAGAAGAAGGUCUACACCACCCCCAAGAAGAUCAAGCACAAGCACAAGAAGACCAAGCUCGCUGUGCUCAAGUACUACAAGGUUGAUGGCGAUGGCAAGAUCGAGCGUCUGCGCCGUGAAUGCCCCGCUCCCGAGUGCGGUGCUGGUAUCUUCAUGGCUGCCAUGCAGAACCGUCAGUACUGCGGCAAGUGCCACCUUACCUACGUUUUCGACGAGUCCAAAUAAAUGGACUAGCCGGGAUUCGCCUUUCUUUGUACCGGUGAUGUGUCGGUUGAGGGAUGGCGGAGUUGGAAUAGGACGUGUGCGUUUAGAUCGUUCUAUAGUGGCCUUGAAACAGAAACCUUGAUAAUACUAAAAUAUGAAUGAAAAAGUUC